GAAAAUAAAUUUUGUAUUCACCUAUGCAAAUAGAUAUGGCUUGUUUUUGUUUUUGAUCUUAAAAGGCCAAGGAAGGCAAAGUACCACUAAUUAAUGGCCAAGAAUAUUCUUUUGAUGGGCUUAUUUUGACCUUUCAUUACUUCUACGUCUAAACUGUCCUCACAUUCAGCUUAACUGUUCUGAAUCCUAAGCUGAAGAUAACAAACAGAUUACAAUUAACAGCUUCCAUUAAAAUGGCAGCAUCAUCAUCAGCAUUUAACUUUGUAAUCUCACACAAUAGGAGGACUAUUAAAUCCUCAUUACUUGAGAAUAACCAUUCUCUUUUACCUAUCCCCACUAAACUGCCUUUGCUUCCUAGCAGUAAGCUGACUGUUUGCUCUGUAGCUAAGACAAUCCCUCAGCAAGUUCAGCUUGAUCAGGAAAGCAAUAUUUUGAGUCCAUCUUCUCCUAAUUCUAGUUGGGCCGAAUUCGCCUCCAAAGUCUCAGGAGAAUGGGAUGGAUUUGGAGCAGAUUUCACAAUUCAAGGAAAACCCAUUGAACUUCCUGAAUCAGUAGUACCUUCAGCAUAUAGAGAAUGGGAAGUUAAAGUCUUUGAUUGGCAAACCCAAUGCCCUACACUAGCAGACCCACAAAACCUUUAUCUGUCCUACAGGUCCAUUAAGCUACUUCCUACAGUCGGCUGUGAGGCUGAUGCCGCAACAGUAUAUAUCAGUGACGACAGACUCAUAGGAGGCGAAGACGCUAACCGUGUCUUAGCCUUUGCAUUUCAGAACACUGGUUGUUAUGUAUCCCUUUGGUCUGUUGUGCAAAAUGAUGUUUAUCAAGUGUUUGAGUUAGAGCAUUGUUUGAUUGAUCCUCGCGAUAAGGAGUCUCGAGUUAGGGUGAUUCAGACCCUUCGAUUCGAGGGUUUGAAGUUAAAGUUACAGAAGAUUAGUGUGUUUUGUGAGCUUUGGUAUGGACCGUUCAGAAAUGGAGAUCAGUUGGGUGGUUGUGCUAUUCAUGAUUCUGCGUUUGCGUCUACACCUGCAUUGGAUGCUUCUGAUGUAACUGGUGUUUGGCAGAGCCAAGAUGGUUUGGCUCGCUUCGAAAUUUCUCUGAAUAAUCUAUUUCAAGAGAUUGUAGGAAGCAGUACACAGAAGCAUAUCAGAAACGAGAGCGAGCUGAUUAUGCUACCGCGACAAUUAUGGUGCUCGCUUAAAGAAAGCGAAAAUGGCGAAACCUGUGGCGAGGUAGGAUGGUUAUUAGAUCCUGGAUUUGCUAUUUCAUCAAGAUGCAUUUUCUCAAGUGAUGGAAAAUUGAAGGAAAUAGCAGUAGGGAAUGAGAUUGCAGCUGUGAAUUAAAUUGGGCAUACUGUAGAAAUUAUACAUGAAUACUAUUCUAAAUCUUUUGAUUUAGUUUUUCCAAAGAUAAUAUUGAAGUUGUGAUAGCAUCAUAUAUCUGCAAACAAGGGGUGACAAUGUUAUUUUGAUAAUUCUAAUAUAUACAUACAUAUUCUAUCGUACUUUCAAA